AUCCGGAAGUUCGCCUCGAAGGUCGUCAACUCCAGCACGAUCCUCCUGCCCGCCUACAAGAAGCGGGUGGCCGACUUGAAGAUGCCGGAGCGUUUGAUUCCGCGAGACGUGUCCACCCGGUGGAACUCGACUUAUGACAUGUUGAACGUCGCCUUGCAGUACCAGAAGGUCGUCGAUUCGAUGUGUGCGGACAGAGACUUGGAGCUGCGCAAGUACGAGCUCAGUACGCGCGAGUGGACCAUUGCUCGCCAGCUGGCAGACGUCCUGAAGGAGGCCACACUCUUCUUCUGCCGUGGGAUGCCCAACCUCGCCACCGUCAUUCCGGCGAUGGAUCUCAUCGACCAGCGGCUGGCCACCAAGCACAAGCAGACGGCCAAAUACGAUUUCGCCAUCCGGACCGCCAUGGGCCUCGCGAAGCGGACGCUCAACAAAUACUACGAGCUCACGGACGCGUCUGAGGCGUACCGCAUUGCCAUGAGUACGUGCUGUUAA